AUGUAUGGACUUAAACAACUUGCUCUAUUGAGCUUCAUGCUCCUUUCGGUUUCUGCGACUAAAGACUCAAAACAUACAAUGGUCUGGACCUAUUAUAUGGUUGGCAUCGAAACCACCGAUAUCAGCAAGGGCAUGGAUGUGCUGCUGGAUGAAUGCCACGAAGUCGAGCAAGAUGAGGUUCUCACCGUCGCCGUCAAAAAGUACUGCCGAGUUUUCACUGGCCCCGAAUGUACCGGUCGGAACUCAUUGCUUUCGCCUGGUGACCAUUCACAUGAUGAUCCAGUACCCAUUGGAUCCAUUUACUGCCACUCAAAGCGUCCCUACUAG